AUGCCCCCUCGAUACUGCAACCGGCAGGCCAGUUCGCCCUUUGGUUCUCAGCACGCCGUUUCAUCCCCUUCCGUGGCGGACAUCAACAGCCAGGCCUCCCCAACAGUCGUGUCGGGAGGCCUAGAGUUCCACGGCUUGUGCUCUCGGUCGCUUGUCUUGUCGAUCCUCACCGACUGGUCGCGCUUCGCCUGGCCUCUCGCAUCACUGUUGCACAAGAAGCGGUUUCUCCGACGAGUUCUCCAACGCGAAGAUGAGAGGAACUCAACGUUCUGCGCUCUGGUGCUGUCGACAUGCGCCGUGACCGUCACGACUCUCCGACGGAACAGCUUCCACAAGUACCGCGGCGUCACAAUCGCCAAGUGCAUCGGUCUCAUUGAGCAAGGGCAGAUGCUACAGCGGCCGGCAGCGUACACCCUCGACUGGUGCAUCUCGUGUUACAACGUCGCCUCGUCGCUGCACGCGCUCGAUGGCGAGGCCGAGCUGCGCGUCUAUCAGGCCAUCAAGGACGCCAUGGCGGGUGUCCAGUGGCUUCUCUUCUGCGACGGCGAACGGGAGACAAGGUCGUUGCAUGACCGGGAAAUGCUGAAGCGGCUUUACUGGCUCAUGUCCAUGUGGCAAUUGUACUGGAGUUUGUGCACCCCUUUUUUUCACUGCGGCAAAAACGCUUACGCCCUCUCCAGGGCUGCCGACCUGCGAGGCGAACCAUACUUGAGCUACCUCCCGUGUCGAUCGUUUGCACAAAUAUUGGAAACGAUACGCCCUUUGCCGUUAUCCGAUGCAGAGCUCGGAGUACCAGAACCGGACGUGGAUAUACCCUCGCUCUGGCCAGGUCUGGAAGAGACCUGGAUGAGAGACGACAAGCAAUACAUGACCGGGCUGAAUAGCCUCAUCGAUAUCAUGCUCGUGUGGGAAGAUGCCAAGGUAGACAUGACGCACAAGUCACCGACCGACACGCUGAGAGAAGGCAUGGCCCGUAUCCAGGCAGUGCUGGACAACCUCAUCCCCGAAUUGCGGUGGAGCGGGGGACUGGCUAGGUAUCCGCAGCCGUGUCGGAGUCACGAAGCGCAGACGGUCAAUAUCUUGAUCACGAGCCUGUACUUGAGAUCAAAUCUCGUACAGAACCUUGGUCAGAUACCCGGCAUUACGCACCAGGGCAUCGUCAGUGACGUUUUUGAAAUAUUGGAACAUAUAUCAGAAGAGGUCCAAGAAGCCAACGGUUUCAGCCUCGUCAAAAAGGUUCGUGACAUUGGCGCUGCCUAUUUGCAAGAGCUUCGAGUCACGGGCGACGGAACAAUGCAAACCGUCAACGAGUCGGCACAGCUGGUCAAUCUUAUUUUGUACGAUUUGGAGAACGAACACCAUACACCAGUGUGGCCAGAAAGGCGGAUACCAGAGAAAGCAUGA